ACAUGGGUCCAGCGCGGUGGCGGCAGUACAGAGAUCCCCGUGAGGUGGAGGCGCGCCCCCGGCCGUGUCCCCGCUGCAGCCCCCCUCUCUCUCUACUCGCUGCUGACGUGAGCCCGGCUGUUCUCUGGCUGCACACCCGGAGCUCCGGACUCCUGUAAGUCAUUGUGCAGCAGCAGUAGUGCCGGAGACAGGAGGAGGUAACAGGGAGCAGCGGGGACGCUCUGCUCAUCCUCCGCUUCCCCAGCACGUCCUGCCCUCUCCCUCACCCCAGUCACAGCGUCUGCAGGCGCCUGUGCUACUAGCACGGAACUCCCCGCUACACCUCGCACUGGCCGCAGACACCGGCGCACGGGAGAGGUGCACGGGGGGAUACACUGUAGCUCCUCUCGCCGCCGGUAACUGCCAGUAGCUCUGCUGUACUAAGCUUGGAGCAGUGAGGACGGAGCAGCCGGGAGGGGACCGGAGCUGCCUCUUCCAUCAGAUGCUCGCAGGUUGCUUCGCGAUUACAGCUCUCAGUCAAACUUGGGCAUUACACGGGCAACUCCUGGGAGCGGCUGCGACGGCUUCUCCCUAUGCCGGGAAGUCGCUGCUCCUGUGCGGGGGACACUGGGAUCAUAGCGGCUCUCCUUGAACAUCGCGGAGAUACAGAGUACGUGCCCUGGGAGCCAAGUUCCAUCUUCGGGAUUGCCAGUCUCUGCCCCGCAGUAUUCUGUCUGGAGCCGCCACUUGGGGUCGUGUUCCUUGCUGCCAAGUACUGGCUGGAUUACAUUGAAGCUCUUAGGGCCAGGAACGGGAUAUAUAAACCACAGUGAUUACCUCCUAACUCUGUGUGGUCCGCAUUUGCCCCCGCACUGACGGCAGGCUGGAAAGACUCGGCCGGUGAAUGGUUAUUUCUGGUUACUGGCUAGGUUCUAACUUUGUGGAUUACCAGAGACUGCAACAGCGCCCCCUGCAGUGCAUUUGGGAAGAGCCAGCCAGUGCCACACAGGCCCCGCCCCCGCGGAGCUUCUAGCGUGGCAGUGUGAUUGUGCAAAGUGUUCUGUGGAGCACAGAUCAGUGCCAAGGGAGCAAUCUUCUUGUCUUCAUGACCUAAAGAUGACUUUUGUUGCAAUGUGAAUUAUUGCUAAUGCGUAAAAUGACACAGCGAGCUGUACUCUGAGCAGUACUCCUCCAGGUAUGUCACUUAUUAAGCAAUGAGUGACUCAAUUUGUUUGUGAAUGUAGCCUAGUGCUAAGGAUCACUCAGCUACAGGAGUUGCUGCAGCUGAACUACAAGUAAGCCUGCCAGUGGAGCUGGACACUGUUUUUGUGGUUCCCAAGACCAAGCUGCCAGAUUAUCACUAUGACUGCCAGGAGAAGAUGCUCAGGGCUGUUGUGGAGCUUCACUCACUACCAUAACCACUAUGAAAACUGCUACAUCUACUGCUGCCUUCUGAUUCUCAUUACUGCCAGGGCAUCCUGCAAAGUCCUUCCUACAAUCCAUCCAACAGCCCUUCCACCUUCUCCAUCUGCCAUACUACCAGUGAGUUAUCGCCUGUCCAAUACACGCUUAGCAUUCUUUUUACGAGAAGAUGGGCCACUUCCAACAUGGAAUUCAAGCACUCAUUUGCUGCAACGGUCAGAGCCCUUUGUGGUCUUUCAAACUAAGGAUUUACCGAUUCUGAAUGUCACACUGGGACCUUUUGCUUCAGGACAAGUUUUGCCAAAAGAACUACUUCAGCCUUCAAGCAUCCUAGAGGUUCCUGACCGAUUGACUGUAAACUGGAAAAUGAGAGCUUCUAUUAUCCGUACAAAGGUGCCAGCCACCCAACCGGUUGUACAAGUGCUCUUCUACGUAGCUGGUCGUGAUUGGGAUGACUUUGGUGUCACAGAGCGUCUUCCCUGUGUUCGCCUUCAUAUUUUUCAGGAAAUGCGAGAGCGCAAGAGUUCUUGUCGCCUACAAGGAAGCCUUGCUACUUGUCUUGCUCAGACUGAACUGCCUCAAAGCUGGUUUGGAUCGCCAGCUGCCCCCAUUGGUAGACGGAAAUCUUCAUCAGAUGGAUCAGACCUUAACGGAGAGAGCCAACAAAUAGAACUGUUUUACACUUUACACCUACCAGACUCUAGUGGAGGUUGCCAAAAUGAAAUAGGCGCACGAAGAGGAGGGGAAGGCCCAACUCAGCAUCCCCUUUUACGUAUUGGUAGUAUCAGCCUAUACCAACCAGUUGAGGUUGAGCAGGUGGAUGAGCGACAUCUGGAUUCAAAUAUUUUCAUUAGGCUACCACACCGCCGUUUGCGACCAGGAGAGAUACUUAGUAUCUUGCUUUAUAUUCAACCAAACUCCAGUGUAGAACACUUCACACUCAGGGUGAAGGCUAAGAAAGGAAUAAACCUGCAGAGCACCAGGUCCCGCGAUCCUCAGUGGUUUGUCAACUCAGAGCUGUUGACAGGUGGGAAACACUCCACAGCAACAGUGGAUGUAUCAAAGGUCCAGGGACUGCCAUACAGGACUAUUGAAUCUCCGUAUGUGAUAAUGCAGCUGGACUUUGAAAUGGAGAAUUUCACCAGCCAGUCUGUUACAAGGCGCAUAAUGUGGCACCUAGAAUAUCAAGGACAAAAACCUCUUCCUGAAAUGGAGAAAGCAGUGACAGAGCUGACGGUGAUGCAGAAAGAUGUUCGAGCUAUAGUUCCCUUGGCAAUGGACACAGAGAUAAUUAACACAGCUAUACUAACAGGUCGGACAGUUGCUAUUCCAGUAAAGGUUUUGGCUAUUGAAGCAUCUGGAGCAAUCACAGAUAUUUCUUCAUUUACUCAAUGUAAAUCCAGCAAUGAGGAUAUCAUCAAGGUAUCAAGCAGCUGUGACUAUUUGUUUGUUAGUGGGAAGGAAACCAGGGGAUCAAUGAAUGCCCAAGCUAAUUUUACCUAUGAACACCUCAGUGCACUACUAGAAAUGACUGUAUGGGUGCCCAAACUCCCUUUAUCCAUUGAACUAUCUGACUCUAAAUUAAGUCAGGUGAAAGGAUGGAGAAUUCCAAUUUUACCAGACAGAAGGUCAGUACGUGACAGUGAUGAUGAUGAUGAAGAGGAAGAUAGAAGACUAAAUCGAGGUUGCACUCUACAGUAUCAGCAUGCCACUCUUCAAGUCUUUACCCAGUUCCAUACCACUUCUUCUGAAGGCACUGAUCAAGUGAUCACAAUGUUGGGUCCAAACUGGCUUGUAGAGGUUACUGACCUGGUUAAUGAUUUCAUGCAGGUGGAAGACCCAAAAAUAGCAGAAAUGGUUGAUAGUAAUACCUUAGCUGGAAGGGAGCCGGGUACCACAGUUUUUAAAGUGGUUUCUCCUCUUAUGGAGGCAGUGCUAGGUGAGACUACAAUUACAGUGACUGAGGAGAAGGUCAGCAUCAUAGAGCUCCAGGCACAGCUGAUCUCGGGACUCUCGCUCUCUCUCCAUGCCAGCCCGGGGAAUAGUCACACUAUAAUAGCAAAGACAACUGCCCAGCACUUAUUAAAAUAUCCAAAACAGGAAGCUCUAAUGAACCUUUGGCUCACAUUCAGUGAUGGAACCUCAGCACCAUUGUCACUCUAUGAUCCAAAAGAUUACACCUUGGUUCUGAGUAGCCUGGAUGAACGAGUUGUGUAUGUAAGCCCAGAACGUGCAUUUCCUCUUGUGAUAGCUGGAGAGGAGCAAGGAAAAGGGUCCUUGCUGAGAGCAGAAAUGAUAAUAAAUGAAAGCUGCCAGAAAACAAAGCGGAAGAGUAUUCUUUCCACAGCAACAGCUCUAGUUCAUGUUGUUUUCGGCUCAAAUGAACUAGCCGGGGAAGGUGAACAUGGAAAAUUAAUGACUGACAUUCCUCCACAUUUCCCUGUGCAGGAAAACAAGGAGACUUCAGGAACAACAUCUAUGACAACUCAAUCCACACUGGUUGAAGAACACAGUUCACAUGGUCCAGGGGAAUAUCCCUUACCACUUCCUACUGUGUAUCCCCAGCUAACACGAGGGCUUACAGACCUAGAGAUUGGAAUGUAUGCUCUCCUUGGAGUGUUCUGCCUUGCCAUACUGGUCUUCCUCAUAAAUUGUAUUGUUUUUGUCCUGAAAUAUAGACAUAAAAGGGUUCCACCAGAGGGCCAGGCUAAUCCCGAUCAUUCCCAUCACUGGGUUUUCCUGGGAAAUGGACAGCCUCUUAGGGCUCGAGGAGAAUUAUCACCACAACCUGAAAGUCCUGGCAACCCUUUGGAAUCUGGGACUCUACCUCCACAUCAUUCUACAUGCUGUAGAGGGGAAGCAAGAGGAAGUAGUAGCAACAGCAGUUCACAGGCUAGUGUGCAAAGCCAAUCUCACGGACGUGGAGAUGGUUCCUCUGGUGGUGGGGGUUCAAGUAGGGAAGCAAGUGAGGACCCAUUGAGUUCUUCUCCAACAUCCAAGCGAAAGCGAGUGAAAUUUACUACCUUUACUAGUUUGCCUAGUGAAGGUAGUGUUUAUGAUGCAGUACCAGGUUCAGAGGAAUGUGAUCUUGAAUGGGUAUGCCGAGAUAUGGGACUAAGGGACCCACACGAACUCAAAGACUACAUCAGGAGGGUCAGAGACAUGGCAUAACCUUAGGAUUUAGUGGGCUGUUGUAAUGGACAAGGUGAGCAAACUUGCACCCAUGAGGUCUGUUGUUUUCUCCAAAACACAGGAAAUGGGAUAAUGUUUCCCUUUUAUGUCUCUAUAUUAAUGUAUUCAAACCCAUACACUGCCACUCACCUAUUUUCCUGCUUCCAUUCCAAGAGUCGUUCACUUAAGACAUUGGCUUAUCUGUCUUUCUCUUCUUCGCUUUCAUCCAAAACACGUGCACAUUUGGCCAAGAUGGAGGAGCAUGUUGUCUAGCUAUGUCUGUGUAUUCUGUGGGAUGGAGAAAAAAAACGUUACUUGGCCUCCAACAUACCAAACCACUAAAUAUAUUUCCAUACUUAGAUAUGUAACAUCCUUGUACUGGAUUCCAGGAGAAAAGAUGAAGACCCUCCAGACAGAACUGGUUCUUUGUGAAUUACAAAAAACAAACUGUUGGGUUUCUGCAACAUUUCAAAUUUAAUAAACACAGAAAAAUAAUAAGUGGCCAAGCUGAGGAAAUCCUGAUGAAUGCAAUGGAAGAUAUUACAAUUAUGGGGCAAAAUGUAUUAUGUUAAGCAAUGCCCAUUUAAAACCAAAAAGAAGUGAAAUUUAGAGUAACAGGGCAAAGUCGUGGAUUGAGUGUCACAAAUAUAUUUUCAAAUUGGGAGUUCUAUAUUUCCUAUAAUACUAAUACAAAACCUGCACAUAGUUGUCAGUACAACUAUAUGAAUGUGUUUAGCAAACAUAGGAAUGCUCAAAAACAACAUUAAAAUAGCACUUCAAAUGUGACAAGAUUUUUCUCAGGGGAUUUGAGCAGUUAAUCAUUGCUAAUCUGGGCGAUGCCAUGCUAUGGCAAAAAGAUAGGGGAAGUAGCCAUCUCUGAAAUGGUCCAUGAACUGAGAAGGCCAGCUAAUGAAAAUGAAAUAUACAGUAUACCUAAAAGGAACAGCUUCGGGAAUAAGGACAUGGAGUAUGUAGCUUGAAGGUCCUGUUACUGACACAUGCUUUCAAGCCCAGUAUAUUUAAGGUUUAUUUGGCCAAUUUGAUAAGUGCCACUACAUUCUAUUUGUCAUGUCACCACAGAAAUUGAUUCUGCUUAAUUGUAGGAAAACUAAUCUUUUCCUUAAAAAUAAGAAAUACUUAGCUAAUCCAUUCAAAAAUGAAUCCUUGAUUCUAUGAGUCAGUGUUUCACCCGUGUGACGUUCAGUCUGAAGAGUUCUUGUAUUAGGAUGUCUUCAAACAAAACCAUAAACCUUAUAUAUAUGUAUCUUUAUUUUAUUAUAUACCAACAUGCAUUUAUUUCAUCAUUUCAGUUUACCAGGAUGGGAUUUAUAUAUUUUCAAAAUAAUAAGACAUUAAUAUUCUGCAGAAACCUUUACACUAUAGGAAUACUGCCUUUUUAUUUGAUUUAUAUGUUUGUUUGUUUUUGUUAUUUGGGAGAAUGCAUUGAGUGUAAUGGCAGAAGAACACUCACCUGUGUUAAAGGAGGUUACAGAUGCCAUCUAGUAUGGAGGACAAUGAACAUCUGCAUAAACCAGGGGACAAAUUUCUAGGAGUACUUUAUUCCUAAGCAGAAUGAAUAGGUGCAUAUAGAAGGUUCUUCUUAUAUAAGACAUGUAUGUCUUGAAUUUAACCACCAUUUAUGUCAAUUUUUUUCCUAAAGAAAUACAUGGGAAAAUAAAAUUUGGCAGUGCACCAAAGUCA